AUGGAUGCUAGAAACAGUAUUUUAGGGUUUAUAUUGACGAACACACUAUCAUUUGGUUCCAUAUUGCUGUCAUGUUAUCACUCUAAAACAUUCCUGAGGUUUAUUGGCAAUAUGCAUACCAAUAAUAUUAUAUUCAAAAGUGACAAUAAUACAGAACAAAAGGAACUAUUGCAGCUCCUACGUGUUAUAUUAAAUCAACCGAUCUACAUCAAAAUUUUAGGCGUCGUGAACGUCAAUAUGACGCUGGUCCCCGCGUGCGUUGCGCUCAUCAUAUCAUAUACCGUCGUCGCUCUACAGUUCAACAACGUCGUAUAA